GGGACGGCGCGGUCCUCCAGUAUCCGGCGGCAGUAGAGGCAGCAGCAGGGAGUUGUCGAGCUGCAGCAGAGUUUCACACAAGUACAACAACUUCUUGCAGCCUCUUAAAAACGUUUGCUGAUUUCCUGGCUUGGAGAUGUUGGAUAUAUUUAAAGACGAGGUUUUCCUGGCUUAUUCCACGUAUGCCAGCAUCGUGGUGCUGAAGAUGAUGCUUAUGGGACCCUUGACGGGCUAUUUUAGGAUGACUCGUGGGGCCUUUGCCAACGCAGAGGAUGCCCGGGCCCAUGGUCGCAAGGAUGAAGAAACCGGGAAAAAGUUAACGAGGUCCGACCCGGAUGUGGAGCGUGUGAGGAGGUGCCACCAGAACGACCUGGAGAAUAUUGUCCCCUUCAUCAGUUUUGGUUUUAUGUACGCCCUCACGGGGCCAGACCUGACCACGGCACUGCUGCAUUUCCGAAUCUUCGCCGGUUCCCGCAUCUUCCACACUAUCGCCUACCUGACUCCUCUUCCCCAACCCGCACGAGGGAUCAGCUGGAUAGUGGGCAUGGCGACCACCUUCUCCAUGGCCUACAGGGUGCUGAAGACGGGCAUGCGCUUUUAAACCCAAGCGGCAAAUGUCCACCACUUCUUUAACCACCAAAAAAAAGAUUCCCUCCUCCCCGUAAUUCCACGCUAUUUUUACUUAUACUCAGCAAUGCCGUAUAAUAAUAAUAACAACAAUAAUCGACAUCAUUACAAUGUAUGUGCAAAAUCCAUGUUUAGUUUGUUGGAAAAGUGUUGUGGGAAGGAAGAUUAAAUAAACUGCAGGAUGACGUGUUGGAAAAGAAUUGCAGAUGCUGGUUUAAACUGAAGAUAGAAGCUAAAUGCUGGAGUAACUCAACAGGUUAGGCAGCAUCUCAGGAUAGAAGGAAUGGGUGACUUGUUGGGUCGGGACCUUUCUUCAGACAGGAUGACGUUGCUGUUCUGGGUGGGGGUGAGCGAUAGAACGUUUCUCCUCUGAUAUGAUAAAACUCGUUUAGGGAACUUUGUUUCUGCUUGGUAAUUAUUCAACACCGCACUUGUUGGCCUUCUAUAAAAAUGUAGACCCAAUGAACUGUAAUUGCUGGUUUACCAAAACAGACCCAGCACUUUGGGUCUUGUUUUGUACACCAGCAUCUGCAGUUCCGUGUUUCCACCACUGACAGAGUAAGGUUUUGCCAGUUGUAAUCUAGGGGCCAGUUCCUUACAAGAAAUUAAGUGUAAUUUUGAAUGCAUUUAUUAGGCUGUAAUGUACCCUGGAAGAACAGAUAUAACAGCUGGUGACAAAGUGCUGGAGUAGCCCAGCGGGUCAGGCAACAUCUCUGGAGACCAUGGAUAGGUGUGGUUUCAGGUUGGGACAAUUUCAUCAGUCCGAAGAAGGGUCGCGACCCGAAAGGUCACAUAUCCAUAUUCUUCAGUGAUGCAUGAUGCCGGUUGAGUUACUCCAGCACUUUGUGCCUAUCUAUAGGGAGAGGUUGGGCAGGCUAGCACUUUAUUCCUUGGAGAGCAAGAGGCUGAGGGGUGAUCUUAUAGAGUUGUAUAAAAAGAUGAGGGGAAUUGAUAGGGUGAUGGCACAGAUUCUUUUACCGAGGGUAGGAGAAUCAAGAACUAGAGGACUUAGGUUUAAGGUGAGAGGGGAAAGAUUUAAUAGGAAUAUGAGGGACAACUUUUUCACUCAGGGUGGCGUGUGUAUGGAAUGAGCUGCCAGAGGAGGUAGAUGCGGCAGGUACAAUGGCAGCAUUUAAGAGACACUUGGACACGUACAUGGGUAGGAACAUUUUAGGCAAAUAGAAGCAUUGAAAAUAGGUGCAGGAAUAGGCCAUGGAGCCAGCACCGCCAUUCAAUAUAAACAUGGCUGAUCAGAUAAAAUUAAUACCCAGUUCCUGCUUUCUCCCCAUAUCACUUGAUUCUGUUAGCCCUAAGAGCUAUAUCUAACUCUCUUGAAAGCAUCAUGGGAUUAAUUUAGGGAGGGCAUCUUGGUCAGCAUUGAUGAGUUGGGCCGAAGGGCCUGUUUCCUUACUAUAUGACACUAUGAAUCUGAUCUAAACCUGCCAUGAUCCAAACUUACCUGAUUUUGUAGAACUCGACCCGCUUAUUCUUUUAACGCUUUCAUUAUCAAUUAAGUACCGUCACAUUCCUUCCAGUGGAACUUAAGAGGCUUUUGGAUAGGCACGUAGAUAUGCAGGGAAUGGAGGGAUAUGGAUCACAUGCAGGCCGGAGACAUUAGAUUUUGUCAUGUUGGGCACAGACAUUGUGGGCCGAAGGGCCUGUUCCUGUGCUGUGCUGUUCUAUGUUCCUCGGGCACCACUCAUCUCCAUGUUAGGUACCCACAUUAUCACAUCCAACAUUUGACCAUGAGCCAGUUUAAUUCUGAUGUGAUUUAAUUCAGAUAAAUGAUUUUGCUUUUUGUACGUAUAAUGACAUUCCAAUUAUCUUUUUCAGUAUAUGUUCUUUUAAUAAAUACUUGAAACCAA